UCAGACUACGCUGAACAGACGCAGCACGACCAGAGGUACGGCGUCAGAUCAUACCUCCACCAGUUCUACGAGGAGUGUACUGCCUCCAUCUGGGAACGCGACGAAGAUUUUCAGAUUCAGAGAUCGCCUAGUCGGUGGAGCUCUGUCCUCUGGAAGGUCUGUCUAGCGUUAGGAACCCUGAUUCUGGUGACAGGCCUCAUUGUCCUACUGGUGGGCUACGCCACCCCAACUAAGAUCGAAGCGUUCGGGGAAGACGAGCUCCUCUUCGUGGACAGCCACGCCGUCCUCUUCAACCGAGCCUUGGACGUGUGCAAGCUGACGGGCGCCGUUCUGUUCUGCGUGGGCGGCGGCCUGAUGGCCGUAGGUCUCCUCCUCUCGGCCUUCUCUAAGAGCUACUCCAAGGAGGAGCUGUACCUGCAGCAGAAGUUUAAGGAGAGGCUGGUUGAUAUCCAGAAUACGGUCCAUCCUGUCACCAGAGCCCCUACUCCGGGGAGAGUAAGUCCCGUCACCCUGUCUAAAGUGCAAAGUGUCCAGCCCAACUCAGAGACAUAACAGUUGUCAAUGUAGUAGUGAGAGGUAGAUUUUCAGUGGUGUUCAUGUGUCCCUGUUCCUAACCCUUCUAAAGGUCAGCUUAUGUCAUCUUAGUACUACUCCUUACAAACCCUGUGUUUCCAGCACUUACACUCAGGGCUGCAGGAGGAAUCACACAGCUCCUUCCAUGUGAUGCUGUGUAAUUAAGGCUGCAGGAGGAAUCACACAGCUCCUUUCAUGUAAAUCUACUGACUGGGUUACAAUCAUGUACCUAGACCAAGAAACUAACAGACUCACUGUAUAGAGCAGUGGGUCUCAC